AUGGCAGAAGCGAUGCCUGCCUUCUAUAUAUGCCAUGAUGAUGUCAAGCGUACGGCAGUGACUCACAUACUUCUCAGUGAAGCCCAAGCUUGUGAUUACAAUACAUUGACGACUACCAUCACUACAGACGUCUUUCAGGCACGGGUGAGAGCUUUGCUUUCCAGUACCCUAUACGGUGACCCAGCCGAAAGCUCCUCCGGCCCAUCUGUGCCAAUUGUGCCUCCUUUGACCAAGGAUGAUACAUAUCUUGCGCCUGAGACCAUUACACCCCAAUUGCUGGGAGUCGUAAGUCCUUGGAUAGAUUUAUGCUCCCCCGAUCCGAUCAUUCACAACAUAUCACGACAAAUUUUUAAAAUGGAAGUUGCAUUCGCAGCCUUUUGUGGUCUUAAUGCUCUUGUUGUACCUGCGCCACAGACGUACAGCAAAAGGAAAGAUGGUCUCGUACAAUAUGCCAAUGCCAUACAGGAAGCACUAGAGAUUGGAGCGUAUAUCCAUUUCUCGAUUUGCACGCCAUUGAUGGAUAGUGGCGAGAAUCAGGGACCCUCUGAUAGCAGCAUCGGCGUUUUAGGCAGACAAGAGUACCUCAAGAACGCGGAGGUACCAUCUCCGCCCUUGACAGACGGGGAAAGCAAGCACAACUUCUUUGGCAGCUGGGAUGCAUGGGAUACAAUCAGGUCCAUCUGCAAGUACAAUGCUAGACUGCUUGUAGAUCUUGUGAUACCUCGCAAACUCCCUCCUUCAGAUGUCUGUCUGCGAUGGAUGUCUGAGCCCCUGCGCAUUCUUUCGAUCGAUGCAUCAACCUUCUACCCCAACCCUUCAGGCUAUCCAAGCUUGACAGCAAAUCAUAGGAUGCUGAUCAAUCAAUACAUGGGUCUCCGCCAUGCGCCUUGCAUCUUGCUGACCGGGAUUGACCCGAUAUCCAGUGAAACGCUCACGACGACUAGCAGCUCGGGACAAGUAACUCCAGGCGUUUUCCCAACUCCGAGUGAAGCCCAAGCGAAUGAGGCUCGACGCAGGUCUACCAAGUUGGCGCCUCAGCGGUAUGAUCCACUUGCUCACAUCAGGUAUCUUCGCUGGCUCCAAUCAGAGCAGCCGAAGAAGACAUAUCUCGAAGUACAAGGUGAAGGUUACCAGGACUAUUUGCAAGCGCCUCUUCAACCCUUGACAGAUAAUCUUGAGAGUAUGACUUAUGAGGUUUUCGAGAAGGACCCUGUGAAAUACGAUCUUUACGAGCAAGCAAUAUCGAAUGCUCUGAAUGACUGGCGAAGCCAGAAUAAGCCCCCUACAGUCAAGGCCAACCCGUGGUCGUGGCUGUUUCAAGCGACGAACGUGCCGAUUGAACUUUGGGCUUUGGAGAAGAAUCCGAAUGCAUGUGUGAUGCUCCAGCGUCAAAAUGCCGUCUUCUGGAACAAUCAAGUCCGUCUUGUAAGUUCCGACAUGCGACAAUGGAAAGGGCCUGAAAGACUGGAUGAAGGGGCGUCGACAUUGGUCAACGGGGCUCCUCAGAGCUCACGCGACUCUCAGCCUUACCGAAUCAACAUUGUCAUCUCUGAGCUUCUGGGAUCGUUCGGAGACAACGAACUGUCCCCAGAAUGUCUGGAUGGUAUUGUUCAUCUGCUUGAUUCUACAAAUGGCAUUUCCAUUCCUGCAUCAUACUCUACCUACCUGACGCCCAUAGCGGCUCCAAGGUUACACGCCGACAUCGCUGCGAGAGCAAUCACUGACCCGUCAGCGUCAACUACACCCUAUGUCGUCCUGUUACAGUCUUUUGACUACCUCAGCAGACAACAGCAGUCUAUCUCCGGCCCAUUUGAUUCCUCAACCUCACCAACCACUGACGCUAGACAACCCUCAUCAGGUAGCCGUGCUAGCUCUUUCAUGUCAAGCCCUCCGCCAACAAUCUACGAGGCAUGGUCCUUCAGCCACGCUCACAACUCUACUAACACCUCAUCAUCUAACAUGCACAACAACCGCCAUUCCUCUCUCACCUUCCCCCUAACCAACCGCGGAAUUUGUCAUGGCCUAGCAGGCUACUUCGAAAGUGUUCUCUAUCCUGCCUCAGCCAACAAGCCAGCCGUGGAGCUCUCUACCAACCCUCUCACAAUGGAGCAAAAAAGCUCCAACAUGAUGAGUUGGUUCCCAAUAUUCUUUCCACUGAAGACGCCGUUGUACGCGCCUGAUGGGGGUGAAUUGAUUGUGAGCAUGUGGCGGAAGACUGAUGGACGGGGAGUGUGGUAUGAGUGGGUGAUUGAGGUUUGGGGCGACAAAGAGAGAUUGGGGGUUAGUGAUAUGAUGAGCUCGAAAGAGAAAGCUUGCUUGAUGUGA